AUGUUUCCUGGUAAUAGCAACUGGUUCCUAUGCGUGACUCAAACUGAAAGUGAAGAAGUUACCUACAAAUCGCAUUAUGAAUCUUAUCGCUGGGUAGAUGCCGCGAAAAGCUGCAAAAAUAAGGGAGCCUUCCUCGCCAAAAUCAAAAGUCUAGAUGAAAUUGUAAAAGCCAGAGAGGCCUUCAAAGAACAUCACAGUACUGACUACUGGGUGGGUGUCAAGUACGAUGAGGGCUUAAGCGACUUUGUUUGGGCCGAUGAGACUCGCGUGGUUUCGAAUGCAAAUUUUGAAGCAAUCGUGAACAGGACUGAGCAAGGCGAACUGGGUUAUUUGAAACGGUGCUUGUAUGUUACUAUUGAAGACGCCUUGGUAGCGGAUGUUUGUGAAAAACAUAGAAAGUAUAUCUGUCAAGUUGGAGAAAGUGACGACGCAAUUAUGACAA